CCUCGUCUUUUCAUCAAUCAAAAUUCUCUCCAGUUCUCUUCGUCGAAGAAAAUCCUCUAUUUAGCAAUAAAAACUCUAGAUUUUGAACGACAUCCCUCUUCAAUGACGACUCAGAAUGAAAUUCCAGUUGUAAAAACGAUCAACAACGAAAACCAAGAAGGAUCAGAGACGAAAACCCGAACCCUAACCCUUAGAACCUCCGAUGGCCAAGAGUUCGAAGUUCCUGAAUCCGCUGCCGUGUUGUCCGUUACCAUUAAGCACAUUCUGGAGGACGGGUUCGAGCUGAACAAGAUUCCGCUGCUGGUGGUUGAUGGAAGAACCCUAGCAAGGGUCAUCAGCUACCUCACCAAACACACCGAAGGCGGCGUCUCCGAUGAGGAAAAGAGGGAUUUUGACAAGGAGUUUGUCGUCAGGAAGGAGAUGAGCGUAUUAUUCGACGUCGUAUCGGCAACUAACUAUCUCGACAUUAAAGGGCUGUUGGAUUUGGUGUUCCAGGAGAUUGCAAAUAGGAUGCAGAAUAAAAGCGUGAAAUGGGUGAGAAAAACGCUCUGCAUUGAGAACGACUUUACGCCUGAAGAGGAGGAGCAGAUUAAGCGUGAUCACGCCUGGGCUUGGGAAGGUGUUGAAUCCGACGAUGACGAUUGAUUUAUUCCAAGAAUGAUCUUUUUCUAAAAUUGAA